AUGAAUCUAAUCUUGGAAUUGAUAAAUUUCCCUUAAGAUAAAGAUCAAUUAUAAAUUAAAAGUUACUAAAAGAUAAAGAAUAAUAGCCAUUCAAUAACACAAAAAGACCAUACUAUAAAAGAAUUAAGAUUUCAGAAUGAAUAAUUACAUAAAAGUAAAUAAUAAAUUAUUGAAACCUUGACUCAAGAACUAGAAAUAGAGAGAACUAACAGGAGAAAAUUGCAGUAAGAAAAUGAUGAUUUAGAAUCAGCUUUGAGUAAUAUUAUGGUGACGAUGAAGAUGAAUUACUCAACAAAUGUAAAAAGUGAUGGUAAAAUCAUUAAAGAUUAAGAGUUUAUCACCUCUAAAUCGAUUGAAUGA